CAGCUCUCCUCACUCUGUAAACGCCCCAGCCUCAUCACCCGCCGCCCAAGUCUGAAGUGGCCCGACGAGCUCUCCCGUCCUUCAAAACCUCGUCCAUCGCCACCUGCCCGCUGCCUUCUUCAUCUCGAGCUGCAUCGCAUCCGUCCCAUCUCUGUUCGGCCCGCACGGCUCACCACCAAGACUGUCCGCAAUGUCUGCCCGACGCUAUCCCACCGCCGAACUCUACGAGGAGCGCCAGCGUUACGGCAAUGGCGGCCGCAGCGUAGCAAGUUACGACGACAUCGAUAUCGACGUGCAGCGCGGCAACCCGCGCCGCAGCGCUCCGGAUUUCCUGCGUGAGGACUAUGGAAGAACCUCCGCUGGCCCUCUCGUCGUGCGCGAUCGGCACACCGAAGAAGUGAGGGGUCCUCCACGACGCCGCGAGGUCGAGGAAGACACCCUCGUGAUCCGAGGCGGCCGAGGGCCACCCUCCAGAGAGAUCGAGCGAGACGACGUCACCAUCCGCCGUGAAGAGCGUGAGCGACCUCGUCCUCGUGAGGUCGAAGAGACCGACAUCACCAUCAAGCAUCGCGACAGCUCCCGUCCCAGACCCAGAGAGGUUCGCGAAGUUGAACGGGAGGAUAUCACCUUCCGUCGUGGAGGCCGACCUCCACCCGAGCGCGAGAUUGAACGAGAAGACAUCACCAUCUCUCGCAACCAGCGCGAGAGACCGCCCCCACCACGGGAUUUCGAGCGAGAUGAAAUUAGCUUCCGACGAGAAGAGAGCCGCGGUGGGAGGGACCGCGAGGUCGAGAGAGAUUCCCUCGUCAUCCGCAACCGCGAGAGAAGCCUGCCGCCUCCGAGAGAACGAGGCGAGCUGGUUGCCAGAGAACGCGAAGAGUUUGUCGUCCGUCGUCGCGAGCCUCCGCCUCCUCCGCGUGACGAAGUCAAGGAAGAAAUCAUCAUCAGACGAAUGGAACAGCGCUCACCGACCCCUCCCCCACCACCGCCCCCGCCUCCAGAACCAGAACCAAUCAUCCGACCACCCAUCAUCCAGGAGGUCAUCACGCAUCACCGUCAUAUUGAUCAUGGUAUAGAGCGAGCCCGAUCGCCAACGCCCCCACCUCCCCCAUCUCCUCCUCGCGAUGAAUCUCUUGAGAUUUCCAUUCGUAGAAGAGAUGGUGGUGAAGGUAGAAAAGAAAUCCUCUACGAACGCGAGACAAUUGAACGCAAAGAAGACGACUGGGAAAUUGACCGCACCAGCCGCCGCCGGUCGUACAGCGCCCCAAGACGUCGCUUCACUACCCAAAAUGACGAUCUCGAAGAGGAGGCUGACUUCUAUAACCGUAAGAUGGCCGAGCGUGCAUACAUAGGCGAGGCGUACAACGGUGCGACCAAGGACUGGGCGAUUGUCGACGUUCCUCCAGGAACCAACCGCGUUCGCAUGGAGGGCCAGGGCGGUGGUGCCCAGGAGGUGACCUGGCAGGCAUAUAACGGCGUGCGUCGCUCCAAGUUCAUUGCGCAGGAUGAAGAAAUAUCUUCAGGAUUUGGUGUCCCAGAAAAGUCCAAACCAAAGACGAAGGACAUGUGGACCGAGAUUACGAAGGAUCUUGUGAUCAAGGAGGCUAUUGAGAGCAUGGGUUUCGAUUACGAGGAGACGGAAUUCUUCUUCUACGUUAUGGAAUACCUGCGUUACGAGGACGUUCUCCAACUAGUCGAACUGUCGGACGACAUUCGACGCAAGCGUCAGUCUCGCUUCCGGGCGAUCGACUUCGAGCGUGAGGAGAUCCGCGACCGUCGGCCACCAAAGUACGAUGAGCGCUUCUACGAGCGAGAGGUCACCUAUGACAGCAGCCGGAGACGAUAUUGAUUGAGCAGAGGACGUCUCCCUAUCGAGGGGUGAGUUCCUGGAUCACGCAAACAGCUGCUUCUCCCUUGCAUUCCCGGCUGCAUCCGUGCAGCUAGCGUAUACCCCUUCCAGAGCCAGCAACAGAAAGCUUGAAGACGAUACCACGGACACAUAGUGACGAUAUUCACGACUGACGACUCGACCUUGCGCCUACAUGG